UGAUUUUGCUCUGCGUCGGCUUGUCUGUUUCCAUGAUCGCUGGCCGAAUCAAGCCUUGGCUGCUUCCAGACUUUAGAGCAUAUAACAAUAUGGUCUUAACCUGUUCAUAUAUCUCUUUAUCUCUCUCCUGGGAACUGGCUCAGUCUUUUCUCCGUUCCCGUCCCUCGAUUCCUAUCUCUCUUGAUGAUUUAUAGGUGCGACUCGGUUUCGACACGCACGGUUGCUCGAGCAAGAAAACACCGUCCUUUGCCUAUGGCUUGCUUACUUUCUGCUGCUGGUUGUCAUCACGAAGGGAUGUGGCUGGAGUUACUUACUGCGGUGGCGGUGCUGAAUCUUGCGGGGGCGCAGGUCUGCUGUCCAAUCAACCACGACCGCUCUUUGAAUUGGUGUCGUGCUUUUUUCUGUUAUCUAUGUUGUGCAAAUAUGGGGAUAUAUUCGGGUUUUCUUGGAUCGUUUCUCUUUCCGUGUCGCGUGUGGAGGCUAUUGUGUCAUGUACAUACAAUUGGGGAUUUUCUAAUAGCUAUAAAAGUCGACCUUGGAGAUACGUGGACAACACGACUACCACUCGGUAGUCGACGUUUGAGAAGAGAAGACAAGAGAAGACAAGAGAAGAAAAGACCUAGAUAUUGGAAUGGCUGAAGAGACUCUUUUAAAUUCGAGCAAAUCGCCUGACCCUGUCCUUUCCAAAGAGCAAGUGUAAGGGCUCUCUUCAAUGACCACCCGAUAGUGUACAUAGGAAACACGAACCCCACAAUGCCUUGUAUCCUGGGUUCCCGCUUCACGCAACGCGCGUCACAAGCUCAGAAGAAAACCAUCAGCUCUCAGGCCUGCUGCUCACUG